AUGGUCAUCGCCGCGAACUCGAGUCCCGUCACGUUCGCGCUCUCGAACGCUUCCGCGUACGAUUCGAACGCGCGCACGUCCGACGCGCGAUGGGCGGUCCCUCGCUCGCGCGCGAACUCGCGACCGAGGACGCGGACGCACUUGCUCACGUCGCACGCGCGCCAACGCUCGAGCGGCGCGGACGGGAGCGCCGCGCGAAGCGCGGGCGUCAGCGGCGUCCCUCGGCUCGACGCGCCGCUCGGCGUCGUCGCGAGCCCCGCGAUCGACGGCGUCGGCGUCGUCGUCGUCGUCGUCCCCGCGCGCGUCGCGCUCGGACCGAGACGCGACCGCCGCCGCGCCGUCCUCGGCGUCGUCGCGGCGCGCGCGUCCGAGCUCGACGUAGGCGUGCGAUCGCCCGCGCGAGACGGGCUGAACAUGACGUGCGCGGCCCGGGCGUGCGGUGCGCGCGCGCGGGGGAGUGCGCGCGUCCCCGGGGACGCCGACAUCGCUGGUUCCCCCACAGCAGCGCUCCAGUCCGUGGGCCCGGUCGAUCCGAUCGAGGAAACCGAGCGACGCGACGGAUCUUUCGUUCGCGCACUUCGACACGCGCGUCGCACGCGAGGCGUCAUGUCGACCGAGACCGAGAGCGGGUACCGGCUGCUGCAGGCGCAGCGCGCGCGAAGGGCCGCGGAGGAUGACGCGCAGCGCCUCGCCGUGCGCCUCGCGCAGCUCGAGAAAGAGAAGGCCAAGUCGGAGAAGCGCAUCCGCGAGACGAUGGAACGCGCGGAGGCGAUACAGCGCUUCCGCAAGCGGAACGAGGACAAGCGGAUGUUCAAGGCUGCGCUGACGAGCGCGCGCGAGGCGGAGAUCGCGCAGAGCGCGAGACUGCUGACGGAGCAAAAGGCGGAGGCGCGUCGCCUCCGCGACGAGACGCGACGCGCGCACGACAACGCGAAGCGAGAGAUGAUGAUGCGCGCGAAGGAGGAGCGCGAGGCGAACGAGAAGCACCUCAAGGAGCGCGCGCGAGUGGAGCGGCUCGCGAACGCGUCGUCGAAAGCGCUCGUGAAGCACGCGCAUUUCGAGCGCAAGGCGAAAAAGGAAGCGACCGCUCGUCGACUCGAGACGAAGACGAGGGAGGAUUACGAGCGACGGCUGAUGGAUCAGCACGCGCGUCAGAGAGAGAAAGAGGACGCGAUCGCGAAGAUGGCGGAGAGAGAGCUCGCGCUCAUCGAGGAGCUGCGCGCGAAGCGCGAGGAGCAGUACGCCGCGGAAGAAGCGCUCGAGCUCGAGGCGAGCGCGUCGACGUCGGCGGAUGCGUUUUCCCCGGGCGUCAGCGUGUGCGUCGUGCGAAGCUUCACCCCCGGGAGCACGCCGAAGCGCGCGGCGACGCCGGGCGCGUUCUCGCGACGCGGCGGCGGCGGCGCGUGCGCCGUGGAGAUGUCGUCGCCCCGCGGCGGCAGAGCGAUCAACGACGUCUCCGUGGAGCUAGAGAAGGAAGGACCGCGCGGCGGCGGCGGCGACGCGUUCGACCUCCGCGGCGCGUUCGGCGCGGGAGACGGAGGCGGAAAAGCCGCCGCGAACGCGACGCGGGUGCGGUCCAUCUGCGCGUCGCUCGGGCACGACCUGGACGUCGUCGCGCUGUCCGAGGCGAUGCGCGCGAUGGACCCGGACGACACCGGCGUCGUGGAGUACCCCGCGUUCGCGCGGUGGUGGAACGCGGACGUCGAGACGCGCGGAGGAGGAGAAGACGGCGCGAGCGCGUGA